UUUCGGUUCGGGUUCGGAUCCGCUCAGCUCAGUUCUGUUUUGUGUCCCGUCGAAUUCGCAACCCUCGACUCGACAACCACUCGCAGAGCCAGUAAAAUUCAUGUUAAUGAAUGUUAAUUUAUACAUUUGUAAGAAUCUAAAAUCUGUUUUCCAAACACAACAAUUAUUGGUGCGGCUUCGAAAUUUGAAAACAGUCGCGCCCGAAUCGUCACCGUGAUCGUAACGAUCGUCCAAAAUAACGGUCUAUAACGGCAUAACGGUAAAAGUAACGAAAACGAAAGUUUUAAAAAAAUUUUCCGUAAUGGAUCCGGAGUUUGUGAACAAAUACAACCAGGUCCUGAGUCGCCUGAAGCUCGUGGAGAACUUUGACGGCAGCGAUCCUGGCAAGCUGCCGCAGUUCCUGCAGAAGAUCGAGGCCCUAAUGCCGGCCAUUAACAGUUUCGACGAAUAUUAUAGAGCCCAGUUAAUAGGGCACAUCAAAAACAAGUGCACGGACCGGGCGAGGGAGGCGGUCUUCACCCGACAGAUGAGUGCUCCGGUGGGGAAUGGCAACGGAGCCGCCAAUGGCCACCUGCUGAAGGCCGAGUCCUGGCUGAAGCUCAAGGACCAACUGCUGUACAAUUACGCCGAAAAGGAGUCCAGCUACUCCCUGAUACACAAAAUACGUAGCGCCGUGGUGGACUCCAACAUAGAGCUGUAUUACCAGAAAAUGGCCAAGCUGAAGCACAGACUGAUCAACAGGAAACUCACCCACAACGACACCCUGUACUCCCUGGAGGAUAUCGAGCGGAUCACGCUGCAGGUGUUCAGGGAUCACCUGCCGGAGCCCACGCACUCCAUGAUCCUGCGCCGCAACCCCAAGUCCAUGGAGGAGGCAUACCGCUACAUAGUCGAGGUGCAGCAGCAGUUCUACACCCAGAGCGGAUCCCUGGCCACCGACCAGGCGGCCACCUUCAGCACCAGCCACAAGCAGCAGGUCCACGGCGUGGGCAUGGGCGGCGUGGGGGUGAGCACAGUGGGUCUGGGCGUGGGGAUGGGGGCUGUGGGCCUGGGACUCUCCUCCUACGCCCGCCAAAUGUCCGAGAAGGGACAGCAACAGCAGAGCAGCAACAAAAGCUACUACAACCAGGCAGCCCCACCGGUGGGGGCCGGCAAGACCAGUCCCAUGUUCAAGAGCAUCGGCAAUCCCACGUUCAAGUCGAGCUUCAGCUACAACGGAAGCAGCUCCAACUCCGGAAUGGGCUACGGCUACUCGAGCGGGAAGAAGUCGGACAUUAAACAAAACUACCAGCAGCAGAAGAGCCUCAACUACGCGAAGACCUCCAGCACAAGUGCCUGGAAAAAGUAGGAGACCUUCAGAUCAUAGAUCGUAGAUCUCUGGAUGAGACAAUCCGUACCCGCAGCCCACGGGCAUGACCUAAUCCCUUGGAGCCUGUGACUAAGCCACCUCAUGCUAAUUACCCGAUCCCAACCUCACCCUCUGGUAAUUCGAUGAUUCCACUCAGAUGAUGUGGAUGCAGAUUAUAGAACGUGAAUAUGGAUUAAAAGUGAAUAGAAGUGUGUAACAGACAGCAGUCUAUAAUCAUGUGAAUAAAUACUUUUUUUAAAUAAAUUAAAUAACCCCGAAGAUAAAUAAGUUAAUCAAAAAUAAUGUACAUAUAGGAGGCAAAUGCAAAUAAUGGAAACGAUGUGAAUGUAGAUGGAGAUAAUGCAAAAAUAAUACAAUAAUUAGACGAGAUAAGGAAGAGAUCAUGGCGAUGAUGUCGAUAUAGAAGAUAAUGAUGCCGAUUAAACGGAUGAUGACCAAUAAUGAUGACAUCGAUCGCGUGUCUAUCGAUGAUGAUCCAUCCGCCGACAGUAUGGACAUGAUAAUUAUUAGCUCAUAAGACUCAAGUGUACAUAGCCCCACACCCCAAUCCCCAUCCCAGUCACAUUACCCACUUUUUUCUCCCACAAUCGCCCACCUUUAAAUUCGUUUUUUGUUAACAAUAAAGUGUAAAGUCUAA